UUUUUUUUUUUUCGUUUGGCGGCGUUUGGAUGGGCAGCGGCACCCUUCGCCUCUGAGUGCAGUGCUGCAUGCCCAUGCUGCUCUGACUGGCUGUUGCGCCUACAUGUGCGUUGCGGUGCAAUCCGUCUGCUCGUUUUCGCGCACCGACGCCUCGGAAAAAAAUCGACUUCUUUUUGCAUUUUGAAAAGCUAGCUGGGCUGGAUUUUUAGUGAACUUUUGCGGUAUCCCAAUUCUUUCGCUUAGACUGAUUGCUCGCGCCUACCGUGGAUCAUCAACCUGUGAAUGUGCUGAGAUUUUUUUUUUUUUUUUUUUUGACUUUUGAAUUCAACCAAUUCAAUUCGCCUUCAUCACACUUUGUCUUUUGUUGCUUUGUGUUGCAAUUGUGUCGCUGACAGUUUGCGCUUGACUUUGCUGGUUUUGGUUGUCCGUUCUGAGCAGACAAAAAGCCAAAUCACAACAUCCCUUCGCUCCACUCAAGUACUAUCAUUAUCCUGAUUCGUAUUGUUCGACGUCUGUCUGUUGAGAACACGCACAACCAUGAGCUCGCCAAGCGCGCCAUCUGACGCCGAGUCCGACCGACCCGCCGCCAUGCCCGUGCAGCGCCUUCUCGACGAAUUUACACAAUGCUGCUCAGCAGUCAACAUUGACUCUGCGACACGAGCUGAUGCCUGGAAGCUCCUGAACAACACUUAUGCACAUGAUGCGAUUGAAAACCAGUCCUUCAAUUUUAUGGAUGCCAUCAUGUGUUCGCUCUACGUUUCGGGAUUCCACCGGUCACUGACGACCAUCAGUGGAAAUGUUGUCCGUUCGAACGGCAUCUCGCCGUCUCAGCUGGCUCGUGCUGCAAACACAAGCAUCAAACACUUUCUCGAAGUGCUGGAAGUCUUUGUCUCGGACGCGCAUUGCGCAGAGGAGGUUGUUCAGCACGCGCGCUUGAUUACGACAAAGUUCGGAACCGUCAGUUUGAUUUUCCAAAAGUACGAACGGGUGUUUUGGGCCAUCUUCAAAGCCGAGCCGGCCGACCCCAGGUCUCCCAAGUCUGCACCGCAUUCCCACACCUCCGUCCAUAGCGGGCAAAACCAACCACCAGCAACCGCCUUGUUGUUCAAGCUUGCCUGGUUUUUGUUCAUUUCCGUCAAAGCGAAAUGCCUCGGAAGCGCAAGUGACAACCUCGUCGACUCGGUCAAGUUUCUCGAGUGCUGCUUGCGUUUGCUGCUUGCAAAUGCGCCGUACGAAUUGAGGCGACCAGAGCUCGAACGCGAGCUCCCAGACAUUUCUGAUGCGGGGCUGCGCGCGUUUAUUGCGGCCGAAUUGGGAUCUGCUGCUGGCGACAACGAAGACCAUCAGUGGCGCCGAACGGUCUUGAAGCUCUUCCAAGAUAUGCCGCAGUUGGUGGAAGUACCCAUCCCGCGCUCGCCAUCGACCUCCAUGUCAUCCCGAUCUUCGGUUGCAGCGGGCUCUCCUGCGUCUGCUGCGGGGGCACCGCGGGGUGAUUCUACGCCCAGACGUUCGGCGCGAGCGUUAAACCUUGGCGACUCGAGCCCAUCGCGCCAACCAGGCGCUGUGCCGAUGGACAUUGACGGCGAUAACAGCAAUGACUCGACGUCCUCUGUCACGUCCGCCUCGCACUACCGAACGCGAGGAGUGGCCAGUGCAGCGGCGGCACCGAGCGCAUCAUCGGACGAGUACGAGCGGUUGCUGUCCCAAUUCUUCUGCAUGACCGAGCUCAGCUCGCGCAUCAAGAUUCUGUCCCAGCACUACGAUUAUUGGCAAAAGACUUCUGGCGAGUUUGACGAGCGCAUGUACAUUGUAGACAAGGCGCGAGAGAACGCCAACGACUCGCCUGGCCGAGUUCACCACCAUCAGCACCACCACACUGGUCCGUCCUCGGUGUUGCGCCCGACGACAGCCGCUCGCAUGUUGUCGUUUGCCACCAGUAACAACAGCACCCCUAUGUCGAUGCGCACGCGGGCGCGUGGUGACAUGUUCGCCGUGCCAAGCCCUGCCCACGCCUCCGUCACGCGCGGCCCUGGAGCUGGUGUGCCUGCGACUCCUGUGCGCGUCUCGAUGGAGCGACAUAACCAGCUUGUGCGAGGUGCAGCUGCGCACGCUCGCGGUGCCGCAAACGGCAACCACAAUUCUUUGGUCGGAUCGGAAGUGCCUGCGACCAACGUUGAUAGCGCGGUGGCGCUGGUGCGGAACGACGAAGGGCUCAAGGAUUUGUGCGCAUACUCUCCCAGCUCUGCCAAUCUCGUCUCCAACCUUGCAGCGCGGGUCGAACGCUUGGGUCGCCUCUUUGUCGACAAGUACACUGAGCGAACAGGCACAUCCGCGGAUGACUCUGCCCAGGGGCAUUUCGGUUGGUCGGCGACGCGCUACCUUCAGUGUCUCAAGCUCAUUGUCUCCUCGGAGCGGAAGCGAGAAGGCGUAAAGUUCCCGGACUUUGUCACCUACGUGAUGACAAAGGAGUCCUUCCAUUUGUCGUUGCUCGCUUGCUGCAUCGAAAUCUCCAUCAAAUUUGGCGGACCGGCCGAAACGCUGCUCUUCCCUUGGGUUUUGACCGUGUUUGACAUUCAUGCGUACGACUUUUUCAAGGUGAUUGAGCCAGUCGUGCGCGUUUGCGAUGGCGUCUUCCUCGGGCGCGAGGUUGUCAAGCACCUGGGCCGCAUUGAAGAGCGCAUUGUCGACACCUUGGCAUGGAAGACUGGCUCGCCUCUGCUUGAGGCCGUUCGGGCUGCGCAGGGAAUGCCACAUCCGGAAGCGGUUCAAGCGGAUCCGUCCAUUGCCGCUGCAGCCGGUCCCCUUGCCUUUGGCGCCACCCCAGUGAAGAGCGUUGUUGUGGACUUGACGAGCUCUCCACGCACGGGCAUGGCCACGCGCAGCAGUAGCGGCAGCACCACAAAUGCCUCAGCAGCUGCAGCUGCGGCGGCAUCGAUUGCGGCCACUCCUCGCACCGAGCGCGCUCGUAGCACCUACCAGGCGGCUACCCCAAUCAUGGCGGUGUUUGAAUCGCCUCGCCGCUCUGGGGUCGCAGCCCAGGCCAAGUUUGGCACACCAACACGUCCUUCUACGCUGGCUGCCAGCUCGGCCAUGACGCCCAACCACCCAACAACGAACGGCGGUACCUUUGCUGCGCCAUCCACGCCCAGCCGCGCCAAGCAUUCUGCGUUGCAUCUGUUUGUCCGAAAGGUCUACGCCCUCGGCUACAUGCGCGUGUCGGAUCUGUGUGAAAAGCUGCACCUCACUGCGGAGAGCAAGACGCGCGUUUGGACUGUGCUGACCGAAGCCAUCCAAAUGGAGCCCCUGCUGCUUCGGGAUCGUACGCUCGACCUUCUCGUCAUCUGCUCCGCGUUCAUUAUUGCCAAGGUGGGGCAAGAUAAGACCACCUCGUUCAAAACGUUGCUUGAUUUCUACAAGCAGCAGCCCAACUACCAGCGAAGUAGCUAUGAAGGCGUUCUUUUGACUCGAGCUGACCCUGUCUCUGGAUCGCAUGACACUCGCGGUUCAAUCGUCAAGUUUUAUAACGAGAUUUUCAUGCCUCAACUGCGGCCAUUUGCUUCUCGGUUUGUCCCCAACGGCACAGAGAUUCCUCCGGCAUCGCCCAUCCCGCUGAGAAUCAUGUCGCCUUCACGCCGACUCGUAGUGCCAGAUGCGUCGUUGUACGUGACGCUCUCGCCCCGCUCGCGACGUGCUGCAGAAGGGCCGCUACCGCAAGCCUCUGCCAAGAAGGUUCGAACCUUUGCCUACGAGUUUGGCGACAGCCCAACAAAGCAUUUGGAAGAUAUUAACGACUCGGUGAGGCCUCGAUCUGGCGGAUUGUUUGGGCCCUCGGCUGCAUCUGGUUUGCCGCUGGCGCGUGCUGAAAGCGAGGAAGUGCAGAGCAACGGUGACGGCGAUGAUUCCCACUCGGACCAAGUCGACCGCUCAAACACCGAUUCGACCGACAUGCAAUGACCUCUUGACUCUUCUUCUUCUUCUUCUUCUUCCUUUAUAUUUUGUUAACGCUGAUACGCUGUGCUUGUUGAUUUUGUCUGUUGUGAUCUGGUUGUUUGUAUUGCAUGCAUAACUUGUGAAUUGGUCUGUGGAUUGUGAUUGCAUGUGGAAAGAAUUUUCAGUUUUGUGAAUUUGCGUUAUGGUCUAUGUGCUCGUCCAUUCCAUUUACAUUCCAG